CAUUCAUACCCAAUACUCACUUUUCAUCCCAACUUUUUUUUUUCUCCAAUCAUAUAUGGCUCCUACAGGAGAACAAGAUCUCCUGUCGACGGAGAUCGUCAACAGGGGAAUCGAAUCGUCGGGUCCCGAUGCUGGAUCCAUGACUUUCUCAGUCAGGGUCCGGCGUCGGUUACCUGACUUUGUUCAGUCAGUUAAUCUCAAAUACGUGAAACUAGGCUACCAUUACUUGAUUAGCCAUGCCAUAUAUUUGGCUACCGUGCCCGUGCUAGUUCUCGUGUUUGGUGCUGAGAUUGGAAGUCUUAGCAGGGAAGAACUUUGGCGUAAGCUUUGGGAUAGCACCGCUGGGUAUGACUUGGCGACAAUUCUUGCUUUUUUCGCUAUCUUUGUCUUCACCGUCUCGGUUUACUUCAUGUCCCGACCUCGGUCCAUUUAUCUCAUUGAUUUCGCUUGUUUCAAACCCACUGAUGAUUUGAAGGUAACGAAAGAGGAAUUUAUCGAGAUGGCUAGAAAAUCAGGGAAAUUCGAUGAAGCGAGUCUCGAAUUCCAGAAAAAGAUACUCCAAUCAUCGGGAAUAGGAGAUGAAACGUACGUCCCGAAAGCAAUAAUGUCACCAGAUAACAUCACAACAAUGAAAGAAGGAAGAGCUGAAGCCUCAAUGGUGAUAUUCGGGGCACUAGACGAGCUCUUCAAGAAAACCCGCGUUCGCCCAAAGGACGUGGGCGUACUUGUGGUGAACUGCAGCAUCUUUAACCCGACCCCAUCCUUAUCCGCCAUGAUCAUUAACCACUAUAAAAUGAGGGGAAAUAUUUUGAGUUUUAAUUUGGGGGGAAUGGGGUGUAGUGCGGGGAUUAUAGCUAUUGAUUUGGCACGUGAUAUGUUGCAAGCCAACCCGAAUAAUGUGGCGGUGGUGGUGAGUACGGAGAUGGUUGGGUAUAAUUGGUAUCCAGGGAAAGAUCGGUCGAUGCUGAUUCCAAAUUGUUAUAUCAGGAUGGGUGCUUCGGCUGUUCUGCUUUCCAACCGUGGUCGUGAUUAUCGUCGUGCUAAGUAUCGGCUUGAGCAUAUUGUUCGAACUCAUAAGGGAGCUGAUGAUCGAUACUUCAAGAGUGUUUAUCAAGAGGAGGACGAACAACGCUUCAAAGGGCUAAAAAUCAGCAAAGAUCUUGUCGAGAUAGGCGGGGACGCCCUCAAGACAAACAUCACAACUUUGGGUCCGUUAGUGUUGCCAUUAUCCGAGCAACUCUUUUUCUUCGCGACACUAAUGAAGAGGUACCUUUCUGGCACCAAAGGAAAAAGUACUACUACUGUCAAUGCUUCUAAGGCCAGUACUCAUCUUAACGGCUCACACUCGAUGACGACGACAACUUCAUCCGCCUCUGGGACGAAACCAUACAUUCCUGACUACAAGCUAGCGUUUGAGCACUUUUGCGUCCACGCGGCUAGUAAAACGGUGAUCAAUGAGCUUCAACGGAACCUUGAGCUUAGUGAUGCUAAUGUUGAGCCUUCUCGAGCCACCCUCCAUCGCUUUGGGAACACCUCGAGUAGUAGUAUCUGGUAUGAGCUAGCUUACCUUGAGGCGAAAGGACGCGUUAAAAGAGGUGACCGGAUUUGGCAGUUGUCAUUUGGGUCGGGUUUUAAAUGUAACAGCGCUGUUUGGAAAUCGGUUCGUAGCGUAAAGAAACCAUCAAGCGACAACCCUUGGCUUGAUUGCCUAGAGAGGUACCCUUUAGAGGCACUUUCUUAGAGUACGUAUUAGCCAGAUGCAUGAUCGUUCCGCCCCCCUAAAUGUUUAAUUUAAUUACACUUCUGCUGGUAAUUAAGUUGUAUAAAUAAGAGGUUUAAUUAAAACUUCUUAAUUAAUUUCCUAUGUUAAGUUGUAUCAUGACUUGUAUCCGAGGUUUACUGUUAUUCUAUAUUGUAUGUUGUAUCAACUACGUACUUUUGUUUGGAUUUCAUUAAAUUUACGUUGUUUUUAGUUUA